GAUCAGAUGCAGUAUCAUGAUCAGGGGUACGAUUACCAGGAUGAGGAUAUGAGCUUUGAGGGGCGGUUUACUUGAUGUUUAUUCGCUUCUGUGAUUAUUGUAUGGGUUUUGUUUCGUUUCCUCUUGCAUAUAUAGGUGUGGGCCAUGGGUAUACCCCCUUUGUUUUUGUGGGUUUUGGUGUUGGGCUUUAAAAGGUUGGAUGAUUAUGGAACCAGGAACUGGAUUGUUAUGAAAUACUAUGACACUAGCCUUGCAGAUACAAAUACAUGUCAGGGUACAAAAAAGAACAAGAGGAAAAAGGAUUAUAUACAUCGCCAUAACGCAAAGAAGCGUGCAUCACAUGCCGCAAACGAUGCCCAUAUUCGUACAGUCUAUUCUAUGCGAGAUGAUGACUGUCGAGACGUCUAGAUAACGAUGAGAAGGUUAUCCAGACUAUUUGAUAUCAUUUAAGACCCGG